UCUCGUUCGAGGUCUCUCAAGUUUCACUCGACAGUGUGCUUUGUGUUGUCAGGCAGAAAGACAUACAAUAGACAACCGGAGUGCCGUGGUACCUGCUCGCACACUCACUUCAUUUUUUUACCUUUCCUUCCGUCCGUCGUGUGUACACUUAUACGUUUUCUUAACUAUGUCGGUGGGGUGCGAGUCUGGAUUCUCGAGCGAGGAGGUUUUAAACAGCCGCUUCCCUCUCCACCGGGCGUGCAGAGAUGGAGAUGUCGGCGCCUUGUGCUCCUUCCUUCAGGCAACCACGAACCCGGCUGACCUCACCGUGGAGGACACCUUCUACGGCUGGACGCCCAUACACUGGGCAGCUCAUUUCGGAAAGCUGGAGUGCAUGAUGCGUCUGGUACAAGUAGGCUGCGGCGUCAACAUUGUGACCUCCAAGUUUGCCCAGACGCCAACUCACAUUUCAGCAUUUGGAGGCCAUCCCCAUUGCUUGUUAUGGCUCCUACAAGCUGGUGCAGACAUUAAUAGACAGGACUAUGUGGGCGAGACGCCCAUCCACAAGGCUGCACGUGCGGGCAGUCUGGAGUGCAUCAACGCUCUCCUGGUGCAGGGAGCAAAAGCUGAUGUACGGAAUGCCAGUGGGCUGACCGCUGCCGACCUGGCCCACGCGCAGGGCUUCCAGGAGUGCGCUGAGCUUCUCUCCAAUGCCCAGAACUUUCAACAAAACAUGGCUCAGUUCCAUAAUGGGGCCUUUCUUAAUGGCACCAGCCAGAAUGGGGGCCACGUUCACCCCACUAUCCAGGGCCGCAGCUUCUUCAAGGGCAUACCCAACAGAAAGAGGUCAUUCGAUGACCAGGAAAUCAACCCAGUCAAGAAAGCAAGACCUAAUGGUCUGUGCAUGCCGGUUGAACUGCAGAACGGCAAUGGGCCACUGGUCGGUGCUGGAGAGUCCCCAAUGGAAAGCAUGGAGCUGGCGUCUGCUGUGACCUCAGUGUCAGUGGGCAUUUCCUCACUCGGUCACUGUCAACCGCAGCUUCCCUUCCAGCGCGAUUCGACUGCAGUCUACAGGGGGUCGCCCGAGAUCAGCCAAGUGGAGCACCAGAAGUCUGUUAAAGCGGAGCAGUUGUACGACAACACCUUCUUCAGCACCAUGCUCCUCUACCAUGGAGCCUAAAGUUUGAGGAGCAGGCUGUUAGCCUCACAUUUCUUCAUUUGCCUUGAAAGCCAUUGAGUGGUUUUCCGCUAGUUAAUGGAAGCAUUUCCUUUUGCGAAGGGCAGGCCCAGUGUGGCUGUUUUCUGUUUAUGUGACGCUUGAAGAAUUUUGGUCCUGGUUUGUUAAAGUGAUUGUUGUUUGUAACCUUCUAUCUUCGUAAGAUGGCAUCUUUAUUAAAAAGCACUGCCAACGUUCAAAA